UGUAUUGUCUAUCUCCUCGGACAAACGCCUUGUGAUGGAAUCGCGGAGAGUUUGGUACAACUUACUUUGGAACUUUUACCUCAUUUUUGUGGUUUUAAACUCACAUCACGUGCUUGGAAAGAAGGAAAAGAAGUCGCAUCCAAAGAAGAAGCCAACUUGGAAAGCACCCAGACCCCACAUUAUUAUGAUUGUCGCUGAUGAUCUGGGUUGGGAUGAUGUCAGUUUUCACGGUUCUCGCCAGAUCCCAACGCCUCAUAUAGACAAACUGGCCAAUGAUGGAGUGAUCCUUAACAGUUAUUACGUAUCACCAAUUUGUACUCCCACCCGGUCCUCCAUCAUGACUGGAAAACACCCGGUCAAUUUAGGUGUUCAACAUGGUACCAUAUUUGGUACCCAGCCGUACGGUCUUCCCUUAGGCGAGGUUACAACUCCACAGUACCUCAAGGCACUGGGCUACAGGACACAUGGAGUGGGGAAGUGGCAUUUAGGGUUUUUUGAAAAGGAAUACACUCCAACUUACCGCGGAUUUGAGUCUUUCUAUGGAUUUUGGAAUGGUAAAGAGGACUUCUGGGACCACACAUCAUUUGAAGAUAUAUGGGGGACAGAUCUCCGAAAUAACAUGAAGCCCGUAAAGAACGAGAGUGGCCAUUAUGGGACAGAAUUAUUCACAGAGGUGGCUGAAAGAGUCAUUGACUCUCAUGACAAGUCCGAGCCUCUAUAUCUUUAUCUUGCACAUCAAGCGGUUCAUUCGGGAAAUCCAAAAGAGCCUUUACAAGCUCCAAAAAGGAUACUGGACAAAUUCCAGCGUUUUUCAAAAGAAGACAGAAGGAUUUACGCUGCCAUGGUGGCUUCAUUAGACGAGUCCAUUGGAAAUAUUACUAAAACUCUCAAGAAAAAUGGAAUGUUUGAUAACUCUGUAAUUGUCUUCACGACAGACAAUGGGGGCGCUCCAUGGGUUAGGAACUCGGGAUGUAAUUACCCACUCAGAGGGGGCAAGGACACACUCUGGGAGGGAGGAGUUCGUGGAGUAGGAUUCGUUCAUAGCAAGCUCAUCGAGAACAAAGGACGUGUUAGUUAUGAUUUGAUUGACGUCACAGAUUGGUUACCGACCUUCUAUCAUCUGGCCGGAGGUGACGUCACUAAAAUACAAGAUAAGAUCGACGGUAUGAAUGUAUGGGAGACCAUUGCGAAUGGGAAGAAAUCUCCGAGGACGGAGGUUCUUCACAACAUUGAUCCUAUUCGCCGAUUUGCAGCCAUUCGAGUGGAAGAAUACAAGUUAAUCGUGAACCAAGACGGUGACUAUAAAAUCACGUGGCUUCCGAGGUACAAUGUCCCUGGGGAACUGGACUCUCUUCCCCAGCCCUCUACCUUACCAGGCGCGGUUAUUAAAUGCGGAAUGUGGGACAGUAGUGAAGAGGCUGCAUGUAAAAGUGAUGUUUUUCCUUGUUUGUUUAACGUGAAAGAAGAUCCGUGUGAGUACAAGAAUAUUGCUCAGUCCAACCUUGACACAGUUAAACGACUUAUCUUAAGGCUCAUUCAUUAUAACAAAAAGGCCGUUCCUGUAUGGUUCCCGGAAAGAGAUUGCGAUGCGAACCCAGAAAAUCACGACGGGUUUUGGGGUCCCUGGAGGUCGUCAGAAGCUAACAAAGCUAUUUUGAAGGAAGUCAUUGAGAGUAUACCUUCAGUUAAUAAAAAGAAUCAUUCUAAACGCAAAAAUAUUACAAUGGAUGCGACAGAACUGGAUGAAGAGUCUUUAAGUAUCUAUAAUGAACAGAGCAAGGAAUUUGAAAGCAUGUUGAAAAAUUUUCUUAAUGAAGUAGAUAAACGUAAAAGGGGCGAGAUUUAUCCGUAGAAAAGUGGAACAAUGAAUUGAUGU